UUAUUUAUUGUAUUCUCUCUAAUACUAAUUACUAGUACAUGUUUUUUUUCCCACAAAUCAUGAAUGUUAUCUCAUGAGACAACAUUCAUGAUUUGCUCAUCACCUUCUUCCUCUUCUUUUUUUCUGAUUUCCUUAUAAGGAAUCAGACAUACUCCAUAUCUAAAUUCUCUCACAUUAUAAUUAAGAAGAGGAACAUAAUUAAGUUACUAAAUUAGUUUUUCUUUGGAAGAUUAAUAAUUACAUGUAAUUAUGGAUUUGAUCUCCAAAUCUCAAGAGUACAAGAUCUAAUUGCAAGGCUCUCUCUAUAUAUAUUUAAAGUCAAGAGAUGGGUGCAUGUUGUACAUGUCAAAGGGGACACAAAUUAGAAGGCAAGAAUCAUCAUAAAAAUCAUCAUAGUUAUUUUGAGGAGAAAAAUAAUAAUAAUGGGGAGCAUAAAGAAGGUGAUGAUGAUUAUCAAAGCAUAGUAGGAAGAGGAGAUUUGGGUGCUAAUAUAAGGUUAUGUGGAUUUUCUAAAUUUGUAUCAAUGUAUAGUCAACAAGGUAAAAAAGGGAUCAAUCAAGAUGCCAUGACUGUUUGGGAGAAUUUUGGUGGACAGAAAGGUAUGAUCUUUUGUGGUGUAUUUGAUGGACACGGACCAUCCGGCCACAAGGUGGCACGUUAUGUUAGAGACACGUUACCUUCUAAACUUUCAUCAUCCAAUGUGAUCAGUGCCAAUAGAUGGGAUGCUGAAAAGGAUGAUGAAUCUAACAACCCAGUCUUUGAUGCUUGGAAAGAUAAAUUUAUCAUGUCUUUUAAAGAAAUGGAUGAAGAACUUGAAGGUGAUGGUUCUAUCGAAAGUUAUUGCAGUGGAACAACUGCAGUGACUUUAGUUAAACAGGGAGAACAUUUGAUAGUUGGAAAUUUAGGAGAUUCUCGAGCUAUUAUUUGCACCAGGGAUGACAAAAAUGAGCUUGUUGCUAAGCAACUCACGGUAGACUUGAAACCUAACCUCCCAGCUGAAUAUGAAAGAAUCAAGAGUUGUGAAGGAAGAGUAAUGGCGAUGGAGGAAGAACCAAAUAUAUACAGAGUAUGGAUGCCUGAUCAAGAUUGCCCUGGUCUUGCCAUGGCUAGAGCUUUCGGAGAUUUUUGUUUGAAAGACUUUGGUCUCAUUUCGGUACCUGAAGUAUAUUACAGAAAGCUCACUGAAAAGGAUGAAUUCAUUGUCUUGGCAUCAGACGGGUUGUGGGAUGUUUUAAGCAACAAUGAAGUGAUCCGGAUAGUAGCUUCAGCAAGGAAACGAUCUAUUGCAGCAAGACUCGUGGUGCAUCAUGCAGUUCGAGCCUGGAAAUACAAGUACCCGUGUGCCAAGGUAGAUGAUUGUGCUGUUGUAUGUUUGUUCUUGAAACGCCAGAAGCCUCUGCUAACGAAAUCGUUGUCAGAAGUAACCGAGCUGAGCUUAAAUUACUCAGAGAUAGCAACCAGCAAAAACUACUCACCAAACUCCAAGAUAGAUGAUGGUCUUGAUACACUGCUAAAUUAUCAAGUCAAGGAAGAAAAAGAUCCAAAUGUUGCAACUGGACUUUAUGAUGAUCAUAAAAAGAGUUCUUCGAGGCAUGCUCGUUACCUUAGCAGAAGAAAAUCUACAGUGAAUUUUUGAGUCCAUUGUAAUGAAGCAGUAAUGAGUAAAAUUGAAAAGGAAAAAAAGAAGUUGUAAGCUACAAAUUUGAAUGAAAUACGUGUAUGUAUUUUGGUUUGUAUAGUAGUAAAAAAAAAAAAAGAUGACAAAAUCAGGAAUUGAUACCUUGAAGAGUUGAAAAAUGUUAUUUGCUACUUGCUAUAUAACCUAGCUAAUUAACUAGAAAGGAACAAGACAUUGUGAUGAAUCAUGAUAACAGUUCGGGUCGAAGAUCGGGGGAAGUUUAAAAGAUGAGGAAACCUAGCCGCUUCUGGUCAGGGUGAGGAUAAGUUUUUGCUUCUUCACAAACUUAUCCCCACAAAUCCGACCUUGUAAGGCUAGUGCUUGGUGUUCGUAUAUUCUAUCAUGUUCAGAUUCACAACUAAUAUUAAAGUAACUAGUGAAGUAGUUUCCAUAA